UCUUCUUUUCGGAAGACAUUUAGCAAAAAGCCGCGUCCUCCUCUCCUUUUCAUGUAGGAUGCGGGUGCCCUUGGUUACCGAGUAACUCUCACAUCUAUUUGGCGCUCCCGAAUAUCGGGCUGGGACCGCGCAGCGCGCUCUGAUAGAGCUCGUGUGUGUGGUGGAAAGACCUCACGAAAAGGCAAGUAAAGAACGUCAAACGUGCAGCGCUGACCGAGCAGCCUCGCGGAGGAGGAAACUGAAGAAAAAAUAUGAACAUGUGAACGGACUGAAAAUGCUGAAGGAUCUUUAUGUUGGGAAAUGUAAUUCUGAAACGAAUCAAAGUAUUACACUAUAAGGAUAUCUGCAAGGACUAUUUACAACUGCAAGCAAAGUGCACAGAAAUAUUUUAUCCAGAUUUUUCCUAAAGAAAAGAACGGGAUUUGUUGGGGGAAUUUGCAUCUCGCCAAGGCAGCAGGCACGGGAUGGAAGAUCUGACGAGACGGAGAGAGGACAGUGAAUGAAGACCGUAAAGAAAAGAACUACCGCCACUUUUUCACUUUUAUCUGCUGAGCUCCAGACUGAUGAGUGGAUCUAAAGGUGCUGGACUGUCGGGCUGAUAGACGGGAAGACAGGGGAAGACAGGGGAAAGGGAGGACAGGGGAAAGGGAGGACAGGGGAAGACAGGGGAAGGGAAGAGAAGUGAGAAGACUUUGUGAGCUGAGGAGGAGACCCGACGUGUAUGUUGGUCACUUGCAGUUGUUGCUGAGAUUCACUCAGACGGACCAUGUGGUUUUUGCCAAGGAGAAACUGUCGCCUCUCCCCUCAGCAGCAGGACCAUGGGGUCUGGCACGGUGCCCAUAUACCCAGCGCCAUCUCCAGCCUCAGCAUCACCACGUCUUUCUGGAUCGUAACUUCUUCCUGGUGCUUGGUGGCCGUCCAAAGCCAGUCCUACCACCCCACUGUGAACACGCAGUAUGGGAAACUCCGGGGGGUGAGAGUGCCCCUACCCAGUGAGAUACUGGGACCAGUGGACCAGUAUUUGGGGGUCCCGUAUGCAGCCUCCCCAGUGGGGGAGAAACGCUUCCUGCCCCCCGAGCCGCCCUCCUCCUGGUCGGGGAUAAAGAACACCACCCACUUUGCCCCCGUUUGCCCCCAGAAUAUUCACAACGCCGUGCCAGAGAUUAUGAUGCCCAUAUGGUUCUCCUUCAGCCUGGAUAUAGUGGCCUCUUACAUACAGGAUCAAAACGAGGACUGUUUGUAUCUAAACAUCUACGUUCCUACGGAGGAUGUCAAAAGAAUAUCCAAGGAAUGUGCCAGGAAACCCAACAAGAAAAUGUGUAGACAAGGAGGGGCACAAGGCAAAAAACAGGCAGAGGAUUUAUCGGAUAACGAUGGUGACGAAGACGAAGACAUACGAGACACCGGGGCCAAACCGGUGAUGGUGUACAUCCACGGGGGAUCCUACAUGGAGGGGACCGGGAAUAUGAUCGACGGGAGCGUCCUGGCCAGCUACGGGAACGUCAUCGUGAUCACCCUGAACUACCGCGUCGGCGUACUAGGGUUCCUGUCUACAGGAGACCAGGCAGCUAAGGGGAACUACGGCCUACUGGACCAGAUCCAGGCUCUGAGGUGGAUCAGUGAGAACAUUGGAUACUUCGGAGGAGACUCCAACCGUAUCACGGUGUUCGGAUCUGGGAUAGGAGCAUCCUGUGUCAGCCUGCUCACCCUCUCACACCACUCUGAAGGUCUGUUCCACCGUGCCAUCAUCCAGAGUGGCUCUGCCCUGUCCAGCUGGGCGGUCAACUACCAGCCUGUGAAGUACACCCGUCUGCUGUCUGAGAAGGUGGGCUGUAACGUUCUGGAUACCCUGGACAUGGUGGACUGUCUGAGGAAGAAGAGUGCCAGGGAGCUGGUUGAGCAGGACAUCCAGCCAGCACGGUACCAUGUGGCCUUCGGACCGGUUAUAGACGGAGACGUCAUACCUGAUGAUCCAGAGAUCCUCAUGGAGCAGGGAGAGUUCCUGAAUUAUGACAUCAUGCUGGGAAUCAACCAGGGGGAGGGGCUUCGCUUUGUUGACAACGUGGUCGACUCAGAGGACGGCAUCUCCGGCAACGACUUUGACUUCUCAGUGUCGGACUUCGUUGACAGCCUCUACGGUUACCCAGAAGGCAAAGACACUCUGAGAGAAACCAUCAAGUUCAUGUACACGGACUGGGCGGACCGUGAAAACCCAGAGACACGACGUAAGACGCUGGUCGCCCUGUUCACCGACCACCAGUGGGUGGAGCCGUCGGUGGUGACGGCGGACCUCCACGCCCGUUACGGCUCGCCAACGUACUUCUACGCCUUCUACCACCACUGCCAGAGUCUGAUGAAGCCGGCCUGGUCGGACGCAGCCCACGGGGACGAGGUUCCCUACGUGUUUGGGAUCCCCAUGAUCGGACCUACAGACCUGUUCCCCUGUAACUUCUCCAAGAACGACAUCAUGCUCAGCGCCGUGGUGAUGACAUACUGGACC